CCGGAGUCGUCGGAGCCGCUUGGCGUCUCCGCCACUUACCGAGAGUUCGUCCGGCGAAGUUACCUGGAGCUGAUGAGCGCCAACCAGCACUCGCUGCACGCCCUGAAUUGGCGGCGGCUUUAUCUUAGCCGGGCCAAGUUGAAAGCCUCCAGCCGCACUUCGGCUCUCCUCUCCGGCUUUGCCAUGGUAGCCAUGGUGGAGGUGCAGCUGGAAGACUACGACUACCCUUGGCAGCUGCUGGUGGCCUUCAGUGCCUGCACGACGGUCCUGGUGGCCGUCCACCUCUUCGCUCUUAUGAUCAGCACCUGCAUCUUGCCCAAUAUUGAAGCCGUCAGCAACAUCCACAACCUCAAUUCGGUCAACGAGUCUCCCCACGAACGAAUGCACCACUACAUUGAGCUGGCCUGGGGCUUCUCCACAGCCUUGGGGAUCUUCCUCUUCCUCGCUGAAGUGGUGUUGAUCUGCUGGGUCAAGUUUAUGCCUGUCGGCAACAUGGGGGCAAGCAGGAAGUGCUGCGCUCCAGAAAGGCCCCACGAUGGCAACACCACAGCCCCCAUAGACAGCUCUGGCUGGAAUGCUGCCAUGGCCUCCACGGUGAUUAUGGUUCCAGUUGGCGUCGUGUUCAUCAUCUUUGCUUUGCAUUUCUACCGCUCCUUGGUGGGACACAAAACUGACCGGCAUCAGCAAGAGCUGGAAGAACUUAACCAGAUCAAAUAUCAGUUGGACGGAGAAGCCACAUCUCUGCAAGUGGUGUGA